CGGACAUCCUCAACGCUAUAUAACAAACUCUUAUUUCUGGAUGUUGUAAGAUAACAACGUAAUCUACAACCACCACACCCCAUGCUUAAUUCUGAGAAGCGCUACCUGCUGCUGCUCUCUCUAUAAAAACAUUAAUUACUGCUUCUAAUUAUCCUCAGUCUCACACAAACAAUGAUGCAAAGCAUGGCUCCUCCUCAAGACCACCAUCCUGCUGAUGAAAUUACGAGCCCACUGGGAGCUCAGAUUUUCGAGUUUUGCGAGUCGGAAUUUUUCCCGGAAGCGCUUCAAAAUUCAGAGGUUGGUUCGAGUUCAAAUUGCUGCUAUGAAGAGCAUACUUCGUAUCCAACGACUCUCUCCAACAUAUAUAAGGGUGCAGUAGAGAAUCCGGCGAGAAACAGCAAGCUGCAGGGCAUGGUGUUGGAAGAUGACAUAUCGGCGUCGAUCGAUUUCACUCUCUCUCACGAUCAACAAUACACCACCAAUCAGGAGGCCUUCCCCAACCCCAUGGAGCAGAACCAGUUAUUAGGCGAGGUGGCGGCGGAGGGAUCGCUCUACGCGCCGCAUCUCUACAACCCGGAGGAGUACAAUAUCCGGCUGAGGAGCGCGGAUCCCAUGAUCGCCUCCUACCUCUCGUCCACGGCGCCGUUUCCGUUGGACAGUCCGUGGCUGGUGCUUGGCGGUGUGGAUCAGGAGAUGGAAUCUCAGGGAGAUAACGGCGGCUUUUUAUUCCCGGAUUCGCUCGCAAGGGCUUUGAAUUGCUCCACCGCCGAUCUUCAGACACUUAGCACUAGUGAGAGUCAACAUAUGGUCAACGGUAGUCCUAGUACUACUCUGGCAUCUGAGAUUUCAAGCUUGGAAGAUCCCACGUUUAAAGUGGGCAAAAUCUCGGCUGAAGAAAGGAAGCGGAAGAUCCAUCGAUACCUCAAGAAAAGGAAUGAAAGGAAUUUUAGCAAGAAAAUCAAGUAUGCUUGCCGGAAAACGCUGGCAGACAGCCGGCCGAGGGUGAGGGGAAGAUUCGCAAAAAACGACGAACUCGGAGAGCUUGCAAGAAAUUCCGGCAACAACCAAGACGACGACGUAGAUGAAGAUGUUAACCAGAUGUUACGAAACUCCAUGCCUGAUCACCACCACAAGGCUGUGAAAGAAGAAGAUGGUAUCGACCCCUCAGAGUUAUUUUCACACAUUAGUGAAGUGAAUUCCUUCAAAUGCAACUACCCCAUCCAAUCUUGGAUCUAAUUUCACUGAUUUUGUACCAGAUCGAUCAUUAAUUAAUCAUCCUUAACUAGUACAGCUUAACAAAUAUUUGUAUUUUAUGUUUACCUUUGUACGCGUAUGUGUGCUCAUAGUUAUACACGCUGUAGUUCUUGAAUGACAUUUUAAUUUUUGUAUAUAUACUAUAAAUUAAUUUGAGUA